CCAAUGAUGGGGUGCUAUUCCUCCCACUGACACCAAUGAUGGGGCAUGAUUCCUCCCGAUACCAAUGAUGAGGCACUACUCCUCCCACUGACACUAAUGAUGGGGCACUAUUUCAUCCACUGACACCAAUGAUGGGGCACUAUUCCUCCCACUGAUACCGAUGGGACACUAUUCCUCCCACUGACACCAAUGAUGGUGCCCCAUCAUGUCAGUGGGAGGAAUAGUGCCCCAUCAUUAGUCAGUGGGAGGAAUAGUGCCCCAUCAUUGGUGUCAGUGGGAAGAAUCGUGCCCCAUCAUUGGUGUCAGUGGGAAGAAUCGUGCCCCAUCAUUGGUGUCAGUGGGAGGAAUAGCGCUCCAUCAUUAGUGUCAGUGGGAGGAAUAGCACCCCAUCAUUGGUGUCAGUGGGAGGAAUAGCGCCCCAUCAUUGGUGUCAGUGGCAGGAAUUGCGCCCCAUCAUUGGUGUCAGUGGGAGGAAUAGUG